AUGUCUAUACCAAAAGCGGUAACCCUGAGCUACACUCGGGCUUACUAUGCAGCGCUGUAUAGGGAGUCCCUGCAGCACUUACCUUGUCCUUGUCCUUCGCUCCCGCGAUGUGUCCCCUGCAGCGUCUCUGGCCAUCUCCUCCGGCUGAUGCCGGCAUCCGGCUCUUGUGUUCCGGUUCCUGUGACGUCGGGACGUACGGGCGCCGCCGACGGCGGGAAAUUUGAAAAUUAAAAAAAAAAAUGUCAUUUUUUUCAAAACGAUUUUACAUGUGCUUUGUCCUGUUCCGACUGCAUUUUGACUGUUCUUUCUG